AUGUUGUCGUACCUCCCUACUGCUCUCCAAGCUCUCAUAUCUUUAUUUCUUUCACAUAAUGCAGCGGUCACGAACGAACUCCACUUCCAAUUGAGACAUACACAUGCUGUAUCGAACGGGUCCAGGAUCGUCUUCUCGGAUGCUACUAAGUCUGGAUUCGUCUCCGAGAUGUACUCCGUCAAUACAAGACCUCUAGUCGUCAGUAAGCCAUUUUCUAUGGCGGCAUAUUCCAGUGCGAGACGUCGCAGCAUAAGGGAGUUGCAGAACGAGGUUGAACCGCUGGCGUGGGUCAACGAGGCAACGACUGGACCGCAUACAGAGAAACGAGAGACGUUACUUCAGCUGGCGAAGAUGACAUCAAAUUCAUACUUUGAGCCAAAGGACAAACAGUGGUAUGAUUUGGGAGAUGAGUGGAAUGCUACGUACUCUUAUGGAUGGGAGCCCGACGCUGAUGGCUUUCGCGGCCACGUCUUCGUGUCUACGGACGAGUCUACUGUCGUGAUUUCCAUCAAGGGCACGUCUGUGCCAUGGUUAGGAGGUGGACCAACCGUUGCCAAGGAUAAGUUGAACGACAACCUCCUGUUUUCAUGCUGCUGCGCUAGAGUGGGCCCUACAUGGUCGACGGUCUGUGGAUGCUACCAGGGAGGAUACAAAUGUGGUCUAGAUUGUGUCCAGGAGACCUUGGUAGAGGAGAGUUUAUUCUACCCUAUCGGGACGAAUCUCUACAACAACAUCUCAUAUAUGUAUCCCGAAGCUAAUAUCUGGCUUAUCGGACAUUCGCUUGGGGGAGCUUUGGCUUCCCUGCUAGGAACGACCUUCGGCGUUCCUGUGGUUGCAUUCGAAGCUCCCAGCGAAAGGAUGGCAGCUCGUCGCUUGCAUCUGCCUUCACCUCCUUCAACGCAACACAUAACACAUGUCUUUAAUACCGGUGAUCCGAUACCAAUGGGCACGUGCACAGGCGUUACAUCCACCUGUGCGACGGGUGGGUAUGCGCUGGAAUCGCGUUGCCACUUGGGCAAGCUCAUCAAAUAUGACACAGUAGAGAAGCUCCGAUGGAGCGUCAACGUUCAGAAUCAUCCUAUCAAGGUGAUCAUCGACAAUCUUUUCAACGAGGAUUGGGAAGAAGGACGAGAGGUUCCGGAACCCGUCGAUGAGGAUGAAGAUUGCACGGAUUGUUUCCAAUGGGAGUAUAUAUGA